CUUAUCGUUAAAAAAAGUUUUGUUUUGUGUCCCGAUUAAAAAUGUAUAACAGAUUCUACAAUCGGAAUCGUAUUUAUAAUGUUCAUCGUCGCAGAAGAUUUAAACCUUACUAUGAAGAUUGCAGAUCAAGAGUUCUGACAGUAAAAGCUCUGAAUCCGUUGAUUGUGAAAAAUGGCAGAGCUCACAGAACAUCGAAAUACGAAAUAAUGAAUCGCGUUGGAAAGGAGGCGCUACUCGUGGUCCGAAGGGGUCAAGAAUUUUACAUAAAUCUCACACUAUCGAGAAAUUACGAUCCGAUAAAUGAUGGAAUAUCGUUAGUAUUUAAAUUGGACGGCGCCUCACAUACAACAAGUGGUCAGAGGACAUUAGUGUCAAUUCCAGUUCUGGGGAGAAAUGAAACAUCAAGUGAUACCACCUGGCAAGCAACUGUCGCAGAAUCACAUGAAAAUGAAAUCAAAAUCAAGAUAAAAACGACUCCAGAUGCAAUUAUUGGAAAAUGGAAAAUUGAAAUUGACACGAGAAAUAAAGAUUCGGGUGAUGUCGAAAGUUCCGGCGUAAAUGAACAUUUUUAUCUACUGUUUAAUCCAUGGUGUACAGAGGAUGCCGUUUACUUGCCCCUUGAGAAAGAACGAGCUGAAUAUGUUUUAAUGGAUUCGGGAUUAAUUUGGAGAGGUACUUACAACUGUAUGUUCUCCACUGUUUGGAAAUAUGCUCAAUUUGACGAGAAUAUUCUUGAAUGUGCAUUAUAUUUAAUGCAAAACGUUGGAGGAGUCAGACCAGCUUUGAGAAAUGAUCCAAUUAUCGUAACCAGAUGUCUUUCGGCUGCCAUAAAUGAAAACGACGACUUUGGUGUAUUGAUUGGUAACUGGUCGAACGACUAUAGGGACGGAACGGAACCAACGAAAUGGUUGGGAUCGAGAAAAAUUUUGCAGGAAUAUUUCAAAACAAAAAGGUCCGUAAAAUACGGUCAAUGCUGGGUGUUUGCCGGCGUUUUAGCAACAAUUUGUCGAACUCUCGGCAUUCCCUGUCGAGUGGUGACAAAUUACAACAGUGCACAUGACACCGAAGGUAGUUUAACAGUCGAUCGCCUUGUCGAUGAGCAGGGAAAAAUAAUGGAGGAACUUUCCAGCGAUUCCGUUUGGAAUUAUCACGUAUGGAAUGAGGUGUGGAUGAAGAGACUAGAUUUAGGUACAAAAUAUUCAGGUUGGCAAGCGAUUGAUGCCACGCCACAGGAAUUAAGUUCCGAUGUUUAUCGUUGUGGUCCAGCUUCAGUCUAUGCAGUGAAAAAUGGAGAAAUCCUUAAACCCUGCGAUACUGCUUUCCUCUUUGCCGAAGUUAAUGCUGAUACGGUUUAUUGGCGUUACAAUGGACCCUCGCAACCUGUUAAACUUGUCAGCAGAAAUAUUAACUCAAUUGGACAAUUCAUCAGUACAAAAGCUGUUGGUAAAUGGGAACGAGAAGACAUAACCGACAAUUAUAAACAUCCAGAAAGGACCACAGAAGAAAGAGACAUCAUGCUAAAGGCGUUGCGUCAAAGCGAAUGCUUCUUUAGUAGUUACUAUUUGAACGAAGUUUUCAACGAUGUUAAAUUUAAUUUCGAUCUACAUGAUGAUAUUGUAAUUGGACAACCUUUCCGAGUUCGAAUGAAAGUCGAGAAUAUCAGCUGUGACGAGGAUUAUCGGGUAAAUUUAAUUUUACGAGUGGACGUUGUAUCCUAUAGAGGAAUAUUUGGAAGAGAUGUGAAAAAAAUUCAAAUCGACGAUAUGCUAAUGAAACCAAAUCAGGAUGAGACAAUUGAUUUGCCCGUUACUUGGGAGGAAUAUUCUCCACAUUUACAAAACGACACGAAUUUCCAAAUUUCAUGUUUAGCAACAAUUCACGAAACAAAUUAUGAAUAUUACGCCCAAGAUGAUGUGUCAGUGAAGAAACCGGAUAUUAUCGUCAGGAUACUAAGCGAUCCAAAAGUUGGUUACGAGCUCCAAGCCUCGGCUGAAUUUUCCAAUCCACUGCCAAUUUCAUUGAAGAAAGGAAAGUUCAUCAUUGACGGUCCGGGACUUGCGGAACAAUUGAAAUUAGUUUUAUCAGAUCCCGUACGGCCGGGACAACUUGCCAAAUGCUCCUUCUCAAUGAUGCCAAAUCGUUCGGGAAAAGCCACAAUAGUUGUCAAAUUUUAUUCCGAAGAAUUGUCGGAUGUCGAUGGUUUCAAGGAAUUCAUGGUGAAAUAUACAAAAUCGUAUUAUCGAAAUAAUCAUUAGCCUCUCUGAAAAGAAAGGUUUUUUCUAUUUUUUAUGUUGUUUCUUUUCAUUACAUUCUUACGAAAAUAGUAUAUUACGAUACUAGGCCAGAAAGUUGGAUU